CCGGAACCAUGUGCAGCGAUCUCAGUUUCAAUCCCCCUAAAUCUUACGGACCACAGGAAGCGCUCACAAUUCAAACGAUCACGACAAUAAAAUUUGAAUAUCUGGAUUCUAUUCCGAUAAUGUAAUGUGACGGAGUAAAUUACAUCGCAGAGUGGAAAUAUUAGAGCGGUCAAGUAUGGAAGAGGAAAUGACGAUGACAGUGGAAGGACAGGGGGACCCUGGAGGCAGUGAGGGGGAGUCAGGAGUAGACAUGCCCACCAGUAACACCAACAAGAGGGGACGUGGUAGGUCCAAAGGAUCUAAGAAGCUGCAGGUGUGGGUAACGCAUGUGGACCUAUCAGAGUUUGGUUCAGGCCUUUUAAAUGGUGGCCCCGCACAGCCACUAAGGAGCAGAGGGAGUCCUGAAAACCCCCCUCCUAGGCCCCGGGGCCGGCCGAAAGGUUCAGGCUUGAAGAGGCUGGCCCCCAGUGAGGAGGCUCCUGUAGCAGGGGAAUCUACCAGGAAGAGGGGCCGGCCAAAAGGUUCAGGCUUGAAGAAGCUGGCCCCUAGUGAGGAGGCUCCUGUAGCAGGGGAAUCUACCAGGAAGAGGGGCCGGCCAAAAGGUUCAGGCUUGAAGAAGCUGGCCCCUAGUGAGGAGGCUCCUGUAGCAGGGGAUUCUACCAGGAAGAGGGGCCGGCCAAAAGGUUCAGGUUUGAAGAAGCUGGCCCCUAGUGAGGAGGCUCUUGUAGAAGAGGAAUCUACCAGGAAGAGGGGCAGGCCAAAAGGUUCCACCAACAGAAAAACACCUGCCAAGUUUGCUGAUAGAGCAGAUGAUUGGGACUUAGGUAUGCUCAAGGAAUCCCCCUCUUUAAAGCGCACCGCAGAAAGUUCAAAGAGUGAGGACGAGGAGGAUGGCGAUCCCGGAACCCCCAGAAAGAGGGGAAGACCCAAGGGUUCUCCAAACAAGAAAACCAGGCUGGCAGUAAAGAGAGGUGUUAGCAGUGAGUGCGAGACACGAAGCGACUCCUCUGGUUCCAGAAACAGCCUAGAUGAAGGAAGGGUUUCUGCGAAGCAGACAAUGGAAGAUAUCGAUGGACAAAAGUCAUCUCUGAGAGGGAGGGGAAGACCAAAGGGUUCUCCUAACAAGAAAACCAGGCUGGCAGUAAAGAGAGGUGUUAGCCGUGAGUGCGAGACACGAAGCGACUCCUCUGGUUCCAGAAACAGCCUAGAUGAAGGAAGGGUUUCUGCGAAGCAGACAAUGGAAGACAGCGAUGGACACAAGUCAUCUCCGAGAGGGAGGGGAAGACCCAGGAAAGACGCAGGCCAGAGAGUCCCGGAUGGUGCCUCGCCUGCUAAGAGGGGACGAGGGAGGCCAAAGGGAUCACCAAAUAAAACCUACCCACGUGUCCAUCAAUCCGAUGGAAGGUCACGGAAACCCAGUCUUCCCUUCGUCUAUACAGAUCGGUUUGGACCAAAACCAAAGGGGCGCGGCCAACCAAAGAAGGAGAUGCUUAAACGGGGUCGGCCGAGGAAGAACCCCUUGCCGCAGGCCGGGGAUAUGAUGAGGCCUAAAGUGUGGAAACCGCUGGGGAGGCCGCGCAAAUACCCACGUCUUGAUCCUCCAGAGGGCCUGGCGACCCCCCGCAGAGCCAGAGGGCGUCCCCGCAAGUUGGAGAUCAAAAGAGGGUGUAUUACAAGCAAAGCAGCCACUCCUCAGCCCAGAGUACCCAGCGAUGGGAGAGCCAGAUCCAGGGGGCGUGCCUCGGGUACUGUCAAAGAUACCCCUCCCCGAAAACGAGGACGCCCCAAAGGUUCCCCCAAUAAAUCGAAAGUGGCAAAACAGGCACAGGAGUCAGAGCAGGAGUCAGAGCAGGAGCAGGAGCAGGAGCAGGAGCAGGAGCAGGAGCAGGAGGAGGAGGAGGAGCAGCAGCAGCAGGAGGUGGAGGUGGUCGUGGAAGAGGAUGCUGGGGAAAACGAGAGAGGCAUUCCACCGCUUGAGGCCGACGACACAGUAGAGGCCAUAUGAUGUGUGGUUUGAGCUAGAGGUUGGCUGGCCUCAGGAGACUGCAGUAACAGUCACAGUAUGGACAAUACCUCUGGUUGGCUGCGGUUGAAUACCGAAAACAAAAAUACAUUGUUUUUUGAACAGGCUUAUUUUUUAUAUUUUGUCAUUUGGAUGGAUAGAUAUACUGCCGGUUUAUAAUGUUAUUCGUGAUUGAUUGUUCAUUAAUUAAAACAUGCCUUCACUGAAACUCACAAUGCUUCUGUACCUCUCAUGUAAACCAGCGUACACAUUUUUCAUAGACUAGAAAUACAGAACAAGCAUGUAUGAGAUGUUAAGAGAGUCUUUCAUUCUUUUUUACAUGCUUAUUUUAAUUAGAAAUUUUAAAGGAGACAUAUUAUGGCGCUUUCACAGCAAGUAAACAUAGUAUUUGAGUUCCAGAAAACAUGUGUUUGAAGCUGUAUGAUGGAUAUAGCUUUUAGGAAAAAAGACUCACCUACCGUUAUUUCCCUCUGUUUCAGUCCCUUCAGAAUGCGCUGUUUCUGGUGUCUGUAGCUUUAAUGCAAAUGAGCUGCUGCCCAUUGACCAUGAGCUGUCAGACUGAACCACAGCCUGGAGGAGAAGGGAUUGUUGCCGUUUGCGGACUCCAUGAGCUCUAUAUCUAUAUUAUAUAAUAGCCUAUAAUAUAAUAAUAAUACCUAUGGGUAUUUAUAUAAUAUUAUAUCUUAUAUCACAGUCAAAAGCUAUGUGUGCCUCGGAUGAUAUUAUGAAUCAUAAAGACUGGUUCUGACAUCUCUGGCACUUCCACAACAAGUAAAGACUCGUAGUGGGGGAUAUCUCGGCCAUGGUUGAGAAGAAUUGGGGGAAAGGAAUUUUGGCCUUGACUCUCUCAAGUCCAUGAACAGCUGAGCUGCCGGACUGCCGCCGAGCUCCCUGCGCCGGAGCUGCCGCACUGCUGUCGAAGCCGUUCGGCCGCCGCCGAAGCUUCGGCGGCAGUCCGGCAGCUCAGGCGGUGUACUCCGGGAGCUGAAAUGCCGCCGAAGCUUUCCGGCUGCUCCGACGGGUGUCCUCUGGGAGCUGAAAAGUCUGGAAAACAACACCCCAAAUCCCAGGAAAAGUGUUGUUUUCAUAAUAUGUCCCCUUUAAGAGACUAUUCAUUGUGUUCACUGAUGUAGUAAUGAAAUUCUGGUAGGGUAUUCCUGUUAUCAACAGGUUCAAAUAUAUUAAUUUGGAUGUAUAUGUUGACAUCCAGUCGGGAUAUAAAUAAAUCAUGUCCAAUUUCAUUUAUUUAUAAAAACUUUUUGCCUUCAUUUCAACUUUCAAUUUCCUUUCAACAAUUUAAAUGCAAAUGCCAUUCCUGGGUGCAACAAUUGAAAACGUUGAAAGCACUAAAUUACAUUCCUUGGCACACAAAAGGGUCAAUACAAGGCUACUCCAUUCUGUAAACCACAAUCACUCCCAUGCCUUAAAUAAACAGCCACAAGAGCUACUGUACUAACAUUUCACAGGCCGCUGAAUAUGGUGGCAUCCAUAUGUCAAACCUUUUUUUGUGAUGUGUUUUGAAUCAGAAACCCUUAAAAAUGUGUCCGUUUUCUCUCAAAAUAAAGUUACUUGCAGUUUUAUUGAAUAAUGUUGAGUCAUUUUUAUGUUUUAAAGUUUUCUCUGAAGUGUUCCCCCA